ACUUGGUCCUUCGAGCCCGAUACCAACAUACCUGAAGAUACUGGUGGACACGGGUGAAAUCCAGAAAGACUGUGGCCACAGCAGGACUGAAGAGUCCUUCAGACCCUUUAACGGGACUGGGUUUCAUCCCGUCCCCUAGGAUUCUGAAGGUUGACGGUGAUCCGAGGGAUUAAGGCACAAAGAAGGACACCGGAGUCCUGUAAAUUCCGGUAGCGGCGGGAACCGUCACGGGAGAGCAUCAAACAGGAGCAGAUGACAGACAGCGGCGGUGCUUAUAUGAAAAAACCUGCAGCAACACAUGCUGCUGCAAACAUGGACACAUCCAGUGACAAGCUUUUCUGCUGCAGAUGGGUGCGCAACAAGGUUCCCACGGCCUACAGAGAAGAGCUCUACCACAUCCUGAGGAUGACAGGGCCUCUGCUGCUCUCCCGAAUUCUCCAUUACCUGCUUCCAUUUGUUGUUACAAUGUUCUGUGGGCGCCUGGGAAAUGAUGUGAUGGCAGGUUAUGGAUUAGCCUCUGCAGCUAUUAAUGUUACAACAGCAGCGACGGGAUGCGGUCUGGGUCUGGCAUGUGACACGCUGGUGUCCCAGACGUUUGGAGGUAAGAACCUGCUACGCGUGGGGGUGAUCCUGCAGCGGGGCAUCAUCAUCCUCAUGUUGUUCUGUCUGCCCUGCUGGGGGCUGCUCAUUAAUGCAGAGGCCAUCCUGUUAUGCAUGGGACAGGAAGCCGAAGUGGCUAGAAUUGCCCAGCUGUAUAUCACAGCUUUUAUUCCUGCAGUACCAGCUAUGUUUCUUUAUAAUCUUCAGGUGUCCUAUCUGCAGAACCAGGGAAUAAUCAUGCCACAAUUGUACACUGCUGCUUUGGCGAACAUCGUCAACCUGGGGACAAACUACGCCUUCCUUCACUGGAUGGAUUUGGGUGUUGCUGGUUCUGCAGCAGCCAACACUCUCUCCCAGAUUUACAUCUGCUGUUUUCUGUUCGCAUACAUUUGGUGGAAGAAGCUACACGUCAAAACAUGGGGAGGCUGGUCUGUUGAAUCGUUGCAGGAGUGGGGAUCCUACAUGAAACUGGCCAUCCCCAGCAUGCUAAUGGUUUGCUUUGAGUGGUGGGUGUAUGAGUUUGGGGGAUUCUUUGCAGGAAUGCUGAGUGAAGAUGAGCUGGCGGCCCAACAUGCAGUGAUAAUGAUUGCUUUCAUCACCUACAUGUUCCCACUAGGAAUCCAGGCUGCGGCGUGUGCCCGCGUGGGUAACGCCCUCGGUGCGGGGGACACUGCCAGGGCACUCCUCGCCUGCAGGUUGUCACUCAGUCUUGCAGUCACCUUUGGUCUUGUCGAGGGUGUUGUACUUGGCUGCACUAAAACAGUGAUUGGCUACAUUUUCACCUCUGAUGAGAAAAUUGCAGGAAUCGUGUCGAACCUGAUGAACGCGUACUGCUUUCUCCAGCUCUUUGAUGGCCUUGUGUGUGUGUGCACAGGCAUCUUCUUGGGCACAGGCAGACAGAGGAUACCAGCUGUAGCCAAUUUUGUUGCAUACUACUGCAUCGGGCUUACACUGAGUGUGGUUUUAAUGUUUGUUGCAGAGCUGAGAGUUCUGGGCUUUUGGCUUGGACUGCUCAUUUGUGUUGUCCUGCAUUCUACCUUCUACAUUAUCGUAAUCUUCAGGCUGAACUGGAAGAAAAUGACAGAGGAGGCUGUGAAACGGGCCAAGAAAAAGACCCACAUGACACUUUUAGGUACAGAUGUCCUGUUACAAAACACGAAUAGCACAAAUAAUUUCCCAGCGUCAUACAAUGGAAAUUCAGCGGAUGGCUACAUGCCUGUGAAGACUCAGCAAUAUGGGGACAACAGUGAGGUACAGGUUGGACAAGAAGUGCAACAGCAGAAGAGUGGACGUCUCUCCUCCACCCAGCUAAUCAUCAGGCGAGGCCUCAUCGUGUUUGCAGCAGUUGGCUUUCUGGCUGUGGGAGCAGCCGUGCACUUCUUUGUCCCCUUGCCGGAGACCCAGUCUACAAAAAACAACUCCACAUUAGACUGGAUCAAUACAACUUACGCUCCUCAUUCAGGUUUCUCCUUUGUGGAAUGAAAAAGAAAACAUAAUCGAGAAAGAUGUGGCAUCCUGACUUUUUGUCAGGCUUGAGUCUUUAUGGGCCCGUGAGCUAAAAUACAAAACUCUUGCAAAUCUUUGCAAAAAAUGAGGCAAAUGAAUGUUGUGCCAUAAACAAACUGUCUGAUUUAGAAAUUAACAUGUAACUUUUUUUCACGUGGAUUUGCAUCAACCAUUUAUUUCCAUGCACACUCUGUCGUGUUCAGAGAUUUUAGAGGGUUUGGGUUUGUCAGACCAGUCAUCUAACAAGAGGUGGAGUUCAGCUUCAAUGAUCAGUAAUGCAAUGUGAGAGUGCACCAUGCUCAGGAUUAUGGGACUCCUCAAGAAACUAUAAUGAAACUACCAAAUCCUAACAGGGCCUAACAGCAAGAAAAUAUAUCUCCUUCUAGUCUGUCUAGUCAAAUUUGUAAAAAAAAAAAAAAAAAAAAUGUAAAUACUUGUUGUUUUAGAACCAAUAAAAGCUAUA